AUGAUUUCCUCUGGGGCUCACGGAAGCCUAUUAUUCUCAACUAGCGUUCGACCAAUACCAACGUAUGCCAUUAUGAAUACUAUGCUCCCCUUGCAGGGCUCUGUGUCCCUUUCCGUCGCAACUCGUUCCCCUCUAUCCUGGAAGAACGAGCCUUUUCGGAAAGUCGCCGAAAGGUUGAUGGGCAAGGCUUGA